AUGUCUCCAUCAAAUAAAGAUAUCGCCGCUUUAAUCGUUGACUUUUUGUCAUCAUCUGCUGCUGAAGCUAAUGAGGACAAUCGUGAUUCACUAAAUGUUGCCAUCGACUGCAUUACAGAAGUCUUCCAAUUUGAAAAGAGCGAAUCCGACUCAUUGAUCAAGAAUACUUUCAAGGGUAAGAAAUUGGCCGAAUUACUUGAAUCUGCUUCCGUUUCCGCUGGAGCAUCCGGUGAACCAGUUAAGGUGCAUAUUCCAGUUGAAGAUGCUGAAGCUAAGGCUAAGGCUGAAGAACUAAAACUUCAAGGUAACAAAGCUAUGGCUGCUAAGAAUUUCGACGAGGCUAUUGCAAAGUAUACUGCUGCUAUUGAGGUGUCACCAUCAAAUGCUGUUUACUAUUCCAACAGAGCUGCUGCCUACUCUUCCUUGAAGAAGUACGAAGAAGCAGUCAAGGACGCUGAGCAAGCUAUCAAGGUCGAUCCAACUUAUUCUAAGGGUUAUUCUAGAUUAGGUUUCGCCAAGUACGCUUUGAACGAACCAGAAGAAGCCUUGGAAGCUUACAAGAAGGUUUUGGAUAUUGAAGGCGACAAGGCUACCGAUGUAAUGAAGAGGGACUACGAAACUGCUAAGAAGAAGGUGGAAAACUCUAUGAACUUGGAAAAGAGUGCUUUCAACGAACCUACCGAUAAAUCUGCUACCGAAGCUCCUGGUGCAGGCGCUGGACCAGGUGGCAUGCCAGACUUGUCCAGCUUGUUAGGCGGUGGUUUAGGCGGUGGUUUAGGCGCCCUUUUGAACAACCCACAAGUUAUGCAAGCCGCUGAAAAGAUGAUGCAAAACCCAGGUCUGAUGCAAAGUAUGAUGCAAAACCCAGCUUUGAAGGACAUGGCUAACCAAUUCUCAUCUGGUGGUGGAAUGCCUGAUUUCAGUCAAAUGAUGAACGACCCUGCCAUCAGAGAUAUGGCAAAGAAUAUGUUUGGUGGCUCCGGCGAACCACCAAAAUAA